CAGCCUGCCGGGUUAAUGGCCGUGCUCUGGCCUUAUGUGUAUGGGCUCACGGCAGCUGCAUAUUCUGUAAGACUUCCGUAUAGUGUGUUUGUCCAGAUGCUUCAGAAAUGUAUCAUCGGAGCCUUCCUCAUGCGCAGCGCUGCCUGCACAAUCAAUGACAUAUUUGACAGGAAGAUUGAUGCUGAAGUAGAACGAACGAGGAAUAGGCCGAUAGCUUCGGGAAAGAUCUCCGUACUUUCUGCGCUUGUAUUUUUCAUUUUUCAGCUAUUUGCGAAUGUACUGUUCUUUUCAACUCUGAGGGACAUCGCAUCUUGCCUCUACCCACUUUUCAAGAGAGUCACGUACUGGCCUCAAGCGUGGCUAGGCGUUGCAAUUAACUUCGGGUUUCUCGUUACUUGGUUCGAAAUAAACUACGACAUACAUUCGAUGACUCGUUCGGCAGCAAUAAUGAUGUCUGGACUAUGGUGCUGGACAAUGCUUUACGGAACAGACACUGUUUAUGGUAGCCAAGAUCGAAUCGAUGACAGGAAGAUCGGAAUCUGGUCAACCGCACUGUUAUUCGAAGGCAAAGUAAAGCUGAUGGCAUGUUUCUUUGCCAUAUGCCUUCUCUCUACAUUGUAUGCAUUCGGAACAAUCAACGGCCAUGGGCUUCCGUAUUUGGUAAUUUCAGUCGGCGGAGUAGCUUUGUACAUAUCCUGGGCUAUACUCAAUCUCGACGAAAGCUCACCAAAAAGUUGUUGGCUGUUCUUCAAGAGAAGCUCCUACUAUCUUGGUGCACUUAUCUUUUGCGGGUUACUUGCUGAUUACGUUCGGAUUAUGGAAAGCGGCUCUCAUUAA